AUGCCACCGCAGCCGCAACAGCAGCCUCAGCAGCCGCAACCGCAGCCGCAGGGCCUGAUCGUGGAGACAGGCAGCGGCGCGAGCGUGCUGCAGCUGCCGGCCACCACGCUGGAGCAGAUCCGGCACAUUGCGGCGGACCCCGGCGCGUCCACGCUGCGCCUGCCACCGCCCGCGCCCGAGCCACCCGCCGGCGCGCGCCUGCUCGACCUCGACCUCUGCUACGUGUGCAAGCACUGCAAGGUCGCCUUCCCCGCUGCCGUGCCGCUGCAGGCGCACCAGGCGCGCGCGUGCUACGCCGGCCGCGACGAGCGUGGCGUCAUCCGCGUCGUACAGCCCGCGCUCGAGUGCCGCGCCUGCCCCGGCGAGCGGUUCCGCAGCGGCGCCGAGUUCCGGCGGCACGCGGACGGCGACGCGCACCGCCGCGCCGCCGCGCUGCCGCCGCCGCCGCCGCCGCCGGCCGAGCCGCUCAGCCACGAGAUGGAGGACGUCGUCAACCAGAUCACGCUGCUGGCGGCGCGCGCAGCGCAGGACGACGUGUUCUGCGCGCCGCAGCGCUUUCCGCAGCCCGGCGAGCUGCCGCUGGCCAGCGCCGGCCACUAGUAUGCCGAGGAAUGUAUAGCUCCUCCUAUAGAGGGAGCGCGCUCCCCCCGUUGUCCGACAACGCAGCAGUUCACUAUUAGCUCGUAAUGCUUUUCUUCGUCGAGGCCCGCGUGGCCCCCUAGUGGUUUAAAGCUUGUAGUCGUGUAAGUUAGGUUAGCAGGUGUCGCCGCCGGCCUGGGACGCGGCGGCGACGGCCCGCUCGGCCGCGAGUCGAUCUCAUAUCAUACGUUAGACAGGUUUUAUUGUGUCCGGCGCGGCGGCCGAGCCGGCUCCCCCACUCUGAACCAUCGGGUCCCAGGAAAGCAAGUUCCUAUCUUUAUGGCAUAUAAUAUUAUCGAUAUUGAUAAUUACGAUUUAAUUAUUGUUUAAAGCUAUGUAAUACAUACAUAUAAUCGUUCUAAUUUUAGGCAUAGAUACGUUCUCGUAAGAAGUUCCUGAUGCGUCAUAAAUGUACGGAGAUAAUUAUGAUAUAUAUACGUAUAUGAUUUUUUUUAAACGUGAGCGAAUUAGGUACGUAUUAGACGGUAGAGCGGUCGUCAUCUCGCGCGGUCGACGCUCCGGCGACUCGUCCCCGCGGAAUACUAUCGCGAGCGACCAUCCCCAUGGCGGAACUGUCGAGUUCAAUGCGAGUUCGCGGGGCGCUAGCGGGAUGCCAGCGGGGCGCUAGCGGGC